CUUCUGCUUGCUGUUGUCCAGCUCUGCCUCAGUUAGCCAGUCCGGAUAUCCGGGUGCCCCUCUUUUUCCCACCUCCCUCCCCUGUUCCUUUUGCAGAUGGAGCCCCACCCUGAGGAGGUUCCCCUCGCCCUGGGACCAGACCUGCUGACCGUGCGGAAGUCUGGAGUCAGCCGGACGCACUCUCUGCCCAAUGACAGCUACAUGUGCCGGGACGGGAGCACCGCCGAGGGGUCCCUAGGACGCAGAAGCUGGGGGCUCCCCAAAGCUCAGUCAGGUACCAGGGCUCAGGCAGGGCUGCUCGGCUCGCACAGGGAGACCCCAUCCUUGCCUAAGCCCACUCCUGACCUGGGUGGGAGGGGCACCGAGGCAGCAAAAGAGGUCUCUCCGAACUCCAAGGGCUCCCCCCUCCGCCCCCCGCCAGCCCGUGGAGAGUGGUUUUCAAUCCGGGGCGAGGGGUCUGCGGUGAGGGGAGAGGCCCCGAUGGGGGAGGGAGAGUGGAAAAGAGGGACUGGGGUAAGAGCCAGGCCACUGACCUGCCAGCUCCUUCCUCUUCUCCUCCCCUCUCUGCCCACAGGCUCUGUCUUGUCAGUCCACUCCCAGCCAGCAGACACCAGCUACAUCCUGCAGCUUCCCAAAGAGACACCCCACCUGCUCCAGCCCCACAGCGCCCCCACCUGGGGCACCAUCCCCAAACUGCCCCCACCGGGCCGCUCCCCUUUGGCUCAGAGGCCACUCAGGCGCCAGGCAGCAAUAAGGACUGAUUCCCUGGACGUUCAGGGCCUGGGCAGCCGGGAAGACCUGAUGUCCGAGGGGAGUGGGCCCUCCCCGCCUCUGGCCCGGGCCUCCUCCUUCUGGGGCCACUUGGGCACCCAGGUGCAGCCGCAACCCCGCCGCCAGAGCCAGACCUCGAAGCACAUGCCCCCGCCGGCCCCCUGCCCAGGCUCCGACCCCACCUGGAGCAAGGGCCUGCCAGAGACCAGGAGCAGCUUGGAGCUGGACACGGAACUGAGCUGGGUUUCAGGAGACCCCCUGACCGUGGGCAGCCAGGAGGAGCCCCCGUCGCCACGGGACCUGAAGAAGUGCUACAGUGUGGAGGCCCAGAGCGGCCGGCGCAGGCCCUCGUCCUGGCUGGAUGAACAGAGGAGGCACUCCAUUGCGGUCAGCUGCCUGGACAGCGUCUCCCAACCCAGCCUGGGCCCCGACCCCUCUAGCCUUGGGGGCCAGCCUCUCGGGGGGCCCGGAAGCCGGCCCAAGAAAAAACUCAGCCCGCCUAGUAUCUCCAUAGACCCCCCAGAGAGUCAGGGCCCUCGGCCCCCACUGAGCCCUGGCGUCUGCCUCCGGCGGAGGGCUCCGUCCAGCGACUCCAAGGAUCCCUCGGCCUCCGGCCCCCCUGACAGCAUGGCUGCCUCGCCCCCCCCAAAGAAAGACGUGCUGAGUCUCUCCGGUUUAGCCUCCGACCCGGCAGACCUGGACCCCUGAGUCCUGCCCUACUCCCCCAUUCACCUUUCUCCACCGGGUGCCAAAUCCUAGCUCCUCCUCCUGGGCUAUGUUCCUGAAAAACCUUCCAUACGGACUCCAAGGAGGAGCUCCUCCCCGCCUCAGUGGCGCUGGGAACCGGCGAGCAGAAUUUCCAGAGCGUUGAAAGCAGCAGCCCUGGUCACCCUGGCUCCGGGCAGAGAGAGAAGAGAGACA